GUCUAUAUUUUUUCAUUGUAUUUUUGUAGGAGGGGGAAAGUGCCUCGAAGUUGGAAUUUGGGAUAACUCGGCAAGGCUAAAGCCCCAUAUGUGCCAAGUUAUCGAGGGCUUACUGUUAUAGCUUUUCUAGUAGUUUUUUAUCUUCAUCUCCCAAUAUCUCAGUUAAGAGUAAAGACCGCCAAAAGUGUUAUAGAUGAAAAUCGUGGUGUUGUUUUUUUGUCUGAACUUAACAUUAGCAAUAAAAAAAUCCAAUACAGGUAUCACAUUCUGCCCUCUACUAUAAAUUGACCAUUUGUUGAAACAGCAUGAUGUAAUUUUACCCCUUUUUUUUUUCGGUGGACGUGAGAGUUUGUUCAGACUGACCGGGUUGGUUGAAGACAAACUGAGCAGACGACAACAUGCGGUAACUCAACAGAUUUGUGGGAGGAGUAUUUACAUAGAACUAAAGCUGAGAUAAGAGACAAGAAUGCGAGCUGGUUGUGCCAUCUGUGGGGACCUUUUCGUUCCGACAGAAGAUAUAUCAGCAACACCAUGUGGACAUACAUUCCACUCUAUAUGUAUCAUCCAGUGGAUUGAAAGGUCAAAGUCCUGUCCUCAGUGUCGACACAAAGCUACAUUGAAGAGUCUUGUUAAGCUCUUUUUUGACUCUUGUGGCGUUGAUACAUCUCAGGUGGAUCCAGCCACUUUACAACAACAAAUUGAUGGCCUUAAGUUUCAGAUAAGACUUAAGGAACAAGAGACUAAGAAUUUGAAUGAGAGCAAUGAAAAACUAACGACGCAGCAGAGAGCUAUCAGGGAGGAGUACAAAACUAUUGAAAGUCAACUGCAUACCAAAGAAACAACCAUCUUGGCUCUUAAGACUCAACUGAAGUUCAUGGAUCGCAUUACUAAAGAGGCACAGAAAGCUAAGGAGGAAGCCAAAAAUUUGAGAGGACAGCUAAAGGAUUUGCAAAACGUGGAGGGUCUAGUGGCAGGAACUGUCAAAGAUGUAGAGGAAAUGAUGGAAUCAUAUGCAGGAAACCCUGACAGCACAAGAUCUUUAGCCACCUUUUGCUCUAUACUAAAAAAGGAAUUGAACAAGACAGUGGAUGACAAGAAACGAUUUAGAGAUGAGGCAUCAUCACUUAGAAGUAAAGUUAAAGAAGCAAGGAGUAUGUACAAUAAUGCUGUAACAGAGUUGAAUGUGUUACAGCAGGUAAACAAAAACUUACAGGAUGAUCUUAUGUUUGUUGAAAAAGCAAACACUAGCUUGAAAAAGAAAGUAAAUACCCUCGAGCAAGCUAUAUCAUCACCUUCAGGGGACGCAAUGAAUAGUGCGUUACAUCGCUUGAUAGCUGAGAGCCCUGCACCAGCAGAGCUGAAGCGUCCACACACCACCUGCUCUGGUAGUGAUGAUUCAUUUAUAACUCCUGAGGUGGUGCGUAAAGUGGCUCGAUGUGAAACAGCGUCUGAAUCAGAUGUUGUUGGUAAGGCUUUGUGCCUUGAAUUUUCACCACCAUCAUCAACCCUGCUUCAUUCAUCGCAAGCUAAGCCAAAGUUGUCAUUGGUUGGUCGGCGUCCACUUGCAGUCACCACUAAUACGGAUCGAUCAACAAAUGGUCACCAGGUUAACAUAUUUGCAAAAGCCAAACCUGAUGAAUGUUUAAGGAUGAGUCAGAAACCAAAAAGCAGUGCAAGAUUAGGAACUGAUCAAAUUGGAUAUGAUGGUUUAGGAGGUCAUCAUAAAGUGGAUGUAUUUCCCAAGCCAAAACCCACUUUCCUAAAAAAGAAAAAAGGCAUCAAAGUGGUAACAAAAGGUGGUACAGGCAAUAGAGUACAAAGUACUACUCUCAAAGACUUCCUUCAUAAUACAUUUGAUGAUUAAACUCUUGUAUGAAAUACAGUAUAUUUUAACAGUUUUCCACAAAAAUGCAGGCUAUAAUUAACCUGUACUGUAUGCUGACACCCAUCCUAUAGGUAAAUGAAAUUCUGGAUUGGUGUCAUGUUACUGUAAAUCAAGCUGCUUUCCCUUUAAAACAUGAAAAUUAUUACAAAUAUGUAAAAUUUUAAGCUUAAGCACUCACCAGACUGUUCAGAAAUGAUGCUGAAGAGGCAUGGGGGCUCUGUGUGUUGAUUACAUUAUACUGUAUAUGCAUUCCUUAGUACAUGUAUUCUUAAUAUUAUAUAUGGUGAACUUAAUUGAAUUCAUACUCAUUAUUUUUUAAUUCUUUAGGAUCUUUAAUGUUGUUCUUAUGGUGACUUUAAUGCUUAUGCUUACCUUUUUUCUCUACCUGGGAGGUACAAUACAGUACAACAUUGAUAUACACACAAGAAGCCCUCUUGCACAAUACACACAAAACAGAUCAACAGAAGGGAGGAAAAGUCCAAUGAGAUGCUCAGUAACUAUCACAUGACAUCUGUCAGCUGGCUAAGUCACAUGAGUUGCAUGUACACGUUCAACUAGAAGUUUGUCUGUUGUAAUGACCACGGUCGUGCAUGUUAGUUAAUGUAAAAUCAGACGAUUCAUGUUACGCUCAAUAGCCCACAAAACAUGUAGCUAUGUCUUC